UUUAGCAGACUGUAAUUCCACACAAAAGUUUGUAAAUACUUACACAACUCAUAUCCAAUUGUAAAAAUAAAAUAUGGGCAACUUGAUUACUAAACCAGGUCUUCCAAAUCAACCCCCACUUCGACAGUUGCAGCAUAAAGUUUUACGCUAUAUUUACCACGAUCAUAGUGACAAUCAAGAUCCCCGAGAAAUAUUAAAGAGUUAUCAGAAAUCGGGACAUGUUGCAGUAUCACUUGAACAUUUUCUUGAAAACAUUCCUCACGACAUUUGGAAACAGUAUAACGAGUCAGAAGAUAAGAACAAGUAUCGUAUGGCUGAAAUAGGAUCGAGAUUUGUUGUUCAUAAUGAUGAAGGUGUAAGAAUGCUGGGGGGUAAAUGUAUCGGAAUUCAGAUAAGAAUACAGCCAGACGUGAAAUCAUCAUCGCCUGAGAUAUUUAUUGAAUUGAAACUGGAUAAUAGUACAAAUUCUACGCUAUCCCAACCUUUAGUAAAGACAUACAACAUCAAUGAGCUAUCUUUGGAGAAAAUAUACUUGCAAAAAUUUCUAAAGUCUAAUGAACCAUUAGAGAAAUCAGAAAAUUUAAACCCGAGUUUGGAAACAAAAUUGCAUUCGCCACCAUCGGAAACAUCAAAAAAGAAGAAACCUAUUCCACUUAAGGUUACGAAUCAGAAUGCAACUUUAGAAUCAGACAAUAUCACCAUUCCUGACUCUGUAAAACUCUACUCUGUCCCAUCCACACUUCUCAAUAAUACAUCGCCAGGCUAUCAAAUUUUAAAAAGGAGUUUUACAAAGAAAACAAACACUAACAAGGCAAACUCCCAGCCACGAUACGGAGAGAACAAGGGAAUUCACGGAGCUAACAAUUCUUGCUACAUGGAUUCCAUUCUUUUCUCCAUAUUUUAUACAACUCAAGAAUUUGAUCCAGUAUUUAUCGCAAGGAAAGAACAAGACUCGGACGAUGCAGCAGAGUUGAGGCAAAUAGUGUCGGACAAUGUGGUAAUCCCGUUGCGAACCGAUUUGUACGUAGCAUCUUCCAAUUUAGCUGAUCUGAGAAAAUUUCUGUCAAAGUUUGACGAUAGAUUUUCAGGAGCUAUGAUGGACAUUGAAGAACUUUUAUACCUCCUCCUCGAAGACAUUUUGAUGGAGCCACACUUUCUCCAGUACAACAACGGUACAAAAGACUUCAUUCACCAAAUCCUGACUGAUGACGACGAAGAGUGUUCAAAGAAAGCUGGUGAAGUAAUUACGUUGCAAUCUGUUUUGGAAAAUAGUUUUAAGCUUUGGGGAGAUUUGAAGUUGUUGCAACGUCCAAACCCUGCAUUCCUCAUUCAAUUCCCACGAUCGGAUGGAGACAUGAUUCACUUUGAUGGUAUUUUACCGAAUAAGUUCCUUAACUUUGGAGGAAUUUUGGACAAAAAACCCUGUUCCUUUUGUCUUGCUGUUGAUUGUGGGGAUUUCUGGGAGUGCAGAACAUGCAGAAACAAUGAAUUACAAUCUCAGUGGCAAUAUUAUUGUGAGCAAUGCAUGAAUACUAGCUUUCAAGCAGUAUUAGAACAACAUGAAACUCAGCAUGGUCACAGACCACAACUUAUUAAUGGAAACAAGAUGAAGUUGCAUGCAAUAAUUUGUAUAAAAUCUGCACAUUAUACGUCCAUUGUUAAAUGCGAGGACGGAUUUGGGAAGAAUAAUUGCGAUUGGUUCUAUUUUGAUUCAAUGAGUGGGAGUGGUCCUGGGGUUACACUUCUCCAUGAUUUUGAAAGCAAGUUAACCAAAGCGGAAGCGUCAAUAUUGAAUAAGUCCUCAUUUUCGACCCAUGACCAAUUUGUACUAAAAGCUAUGAAUGAUUGUCAUAUUUGCAUUUAUCUGCCCAUUAAUUGGACAGAAUAAUCUAGGAUUUGACAGUGGUUUAACCUCUUAACGAAUAUGUAAAUGCGUAUAAAAUUAUUUCGUGAAUAAUAAACAACAACUAUAUUUACUACUUAUGUAAA